AUGAUACCGUUGCGCCGUCAAUCGAAGCGAUCAAACUCAAAACUUCAUCCGCACGGUUUCGUGGUUUUCCUAGUCGCUCUAGGAGGAUGUUUGUUCGCAUUACACCAAAGCGUUUGGAGACACGUUCGUGUUGAAAGAGUUGUUGCCCUUGGAUCGCAUUCUUUAGUCAAUGCAGCUCAUAAAGCGGGGGUUUCAAAGACCAACUUUUCAUGGAAAAACGAAGCCGUACUGAUUCCGAAGCCCAAGAAUGAACCCGGUGCACAUGAAUCUAGUCUACCUUCUUGGAUGAUAGACUAUAUCGAAUGGCAUGCGGAACAGCGAAAAUUGCUGUUGGAGUCCAACUACAUGUCGUUUCGUUAUUUGAUUCUUCGAUGUGAGGACGGAAGAGACUUCAAAUGUGGAGGACUCUCAGAUCGCCUCAAGCCGUUGCCGCUGUUAUUUCUGGAGGCUGCCCAGUCCCGGCGACUCCUUUUUAUUCAUUGGACAAGACCUGCGCCGUUAGAGGAAUUUUUACAGCCUUCCCGCGGAGGCUUGGACUGGAGAAUACCUCCAUGGUUCGAGUCCAAAAUGGAGUCGGAGAAAGUCCUACUCAUUACUACUGCUAGUACGCUAGCAGCGGGUGUCAGGCGGACGAACAGAUUCGUUGCCGCUCGCAUACAAGAUCAACAUGGGGGCUCAGUGCUGUACAACAAAAUUCAAGGCACCCGCGCGUACCGUAGAGUAUUCCGCUCCCUUUGGAAAUCUAUCUUCAAGCCAUCACUGCAGGUACAAACCGCAUUACAGUCACAGCUCAAAAAGAUGGAACUGAUAGAUGGACAGUAUGUUGCUGCUCAUUUGCGAGCCUUGUAUGACAAAAGUACCCUCGAUGAUACAUAUUUGCGCGCUAUAACCCUCAAUGCCGUGAAUUGUGCCAGCCAGUUGCGGCAAUCCUCCGAGACGCCGGUGUACUUUGCAGCUGAUACAGAGGACGCACUCGUUUACGUGCGCCACUAUGCGAGGACUCAGAAUUUACCUAUUGUGGCAGCACACCGGCAGGAGCCGUUGCAUUUGGACAAGUCGAAAAGUCGAAAUCCGCGGGAUUAUGACAAUAUAUUUGUAGAUCUCUUCUUGUUGAGUCAGGCAAGCUGCAUUGCCCACGGUCGUGGUGGUUUUGGAAGGCUGGGUGUGCUUCUGUCGCACAACGCUUCUUGCGUGUUCAAAUUUGUGGAGAAUGGAACGUUCAAGACCUGCGACUGGCGAGCGUAGCAAUAUGAAAGUUUUUUCCUCCCGCUAGAUUUCCCUAAGCAUGUAUCGAAUGAUUCCUUCGCUUUCAAUUUCUGCUAUUGUUAAAAGCUCGGUCAAGACGCGAUGCACAUUUACUUGUU